CUUGAGAAGAGAGGAAAGAGGGCGGUUUGGUUAAGGGGAAGUCCAUUCUUUCUCUCCCUAUUUCAUUUUUCUGAUUAUAUUCUCUUCUUCUUCCUCUAAUUCAUAUUUGAAGAAACAAAAACAGAGAUGGCUAAUUGUUUAGGAAAAUGAAUAGGAUUUCGAGAGGAGAAGAAGAGAAUCAGGCAAAGUUGGGGCUUUAUAUUGUAAAUUUCCUUUGAAUUUCUGGGUUUUGAUUCAAAUUAAUAACAGAGUCUGAGAUUUUCUGGGGGAGCCGGUGUGUGAAUGGAGUUUGAUAAUAUCGAGUGUGUGUCGUCCUCAGAGGGAUUGAACGAGGAUGAGAUCCAUCACCAUAAUCCUCACCAUCCAAACCCUCAUCAUGGUCACCAUCAACUCUCAUCAUCAAAGCCUCACAAUGGAGCCAACAACGCCAACAAUGUCGUCGGCGCUACGGGGAUCACUCCCGCUACCAGCGUCCAUGAGUUGUUAGAAUGUCCUGUUUGUACCAAUUCUAUGUACCCACCAAUCCAUCAGUGCCAAAACGGGCAUACACUUUGUUCUACCUGUAAAGUAAGAGUACACAACCAGUGUCCCACUUGUAGAUUGGAACUGGGUGAUAUUCGAUGUUUAGCACUGGAGAAAGUGGCCGAGUCCCUUGAAUUGCCUUGCAAAUACUGCACUCGUGGAUGCCCUGAAAUAUUUCCGUAUUACAGCAAGCUCAAACACGAGGUGAUUUGCAAUUUCAGACCAUACAAUUGCCCUUAUGCCGGAUCUGAGUGCUCGGUUGUUGGGGAUAUUCCCUUCCUGGUUGCUCAUCUGAGAGAUGAUCACAAGGUUGACAUGCACACGGGAAGCACGUUUAACCAUCGUUAUGUGAAGUCCAACCCUCGAGAAGUUGAAAAUGCUACUUGGAUGUUAACAGUCUUCCAUUCUUUUGGUCAAUAUUUCUGCCUUCACUUUGAAGCCUUCCAGCUCGGUAUGGCCCCGGUCUACAUGGCAUUUCUCCGUUUCAUGGGUGAUGAAGUAGAAGCUAGGAACUAUAGUUACAGCCUUGAGGUUGGAGCAAACGGACGGAAACUUACAUGGGAAGGUACCCCACGUAGCAUCCGUGAUAGUCACCGGAAAGUCAGGGACAGCCAUGAUGGUUUGAUUAUCCAACGGAACAUGGCACUUUUCUUCUCUGGUGGAGAUAGGAAGGAGCUGAAGCUGAGGGUUACCGGAAGGGUAUGGAAGGAACAGCAAAAUCCCGAGGCCGGCCCGUGCAUACAGAACUUUACUUGAAUCAAUUUUUAACAACUUCUCGGUUUGUUGAACGAUUUCCGGUCGUGUGUUCCACCUCUGCCAACCUCCUUCUGGGAUGGUGAAUGGAUAGUAAGUUUUCAGCGUCUAUUGAAAUGUGUAAUAGACAUGAUGUUUUCCCCUAACCUUCCGUUUGCAAGCUUUGAGUAUGAUAAUUAAUUGUGUCUGGUACCUUAUCUUUCGUCAGUGAGUGCUUUUUUUUUUUCUUUUUUUAUCUAAAGACAUGUUAUAGUAUAGACAAUAUAUUUAUUUAUAUACUCAAGGAUGGUAUCUUUUAUCUGA